AUGGCUUCAAAUGACGAUGACUCUUCUUUGCCAAAAGUGAUGCUUGAUAGUAUUCAGGAUUACAGCUAUGUAAAGUCAGUCUUUCGCCAUGCUGUUCAGAAAAAUCUCGAAAUUCACUUACCUGAACAGGCUUCUCGAGAGACAGGAAAGGGAAAAGAAGAUCACCUCAGAGUUCGGGUAAAAGAAAUGCUCAACGAACUAAUCGAGUCCACGUUCAUGACUGUUCAGGACAAUAUUAUGAUUAAUGGGUUUGACGCAAAGACAGCACUUCAGGACCCAAAAAACUCUGAUCAAAUCGAACCUUUUGAUCUUGCUCUUCGUUCAAAAGUCCAGCAAUUAUUUAAUGAUGUAGAAGAUGCUCAAGUUCGAGUUGCCAAGUAUAGAAAAUAUGUACCUGUUCAAUAUGAAUCAGCUUUUUCAAAUUCCCUAAAUGAACAGUUAACCGCGCUCCAAAAGAUAAAGGAUAGCCCGACUGUUGACGAAUCUAAUCCUGUGAAUGACUUUCAAGAAAAUGAUGGUCCGCCUAUUGACGUUGACAGAUAUGAACAAACUAUUGCCAAAAUUGCUUUUUUGAAGAAAAAUAUUCCCAAGGUUACUGCUCAGUUGGAGAAAACAUUAUAA